CCUCCUUUUCAUAAUACGAAAGCACUCAAAGCAAAAGAGAGCCAUGAGCACCACCAGUCCCACUACAACUACUCCCUCUGCUGAAUGGAUGCAGUGCUAUGAACAGAGUGCUGCUUUUGAAGAGGUGGGUGCAGCUUCAUUUUCGGAUGCCACCAUGGUCACCACAAAUCUCACCUCCGAUGGCAACCUCAGCCCUGGCAGUUCAUCCCCGGUGAAGUCGACAAGGAGGAGGUCCAGGGCUUCUAAGAAGGCACCCACCACCCUCCUCAAUGCCAACGCUAGCAAUUUCCGGGCCCUGGUGCAACAGUUCACUGGUUGUCCUAGCAGAGACCUGUCACGGAGAGGCGCAAUUAACUUGAAUUUUGCCCAAGGGAAUGACGCAAGUGCUCAAAGUCAAAGUAAUGUUUCAGCUUCCACCAUGGCAACGUUUGGUACUAACUAUUACUUUCAACAGCCUGGACAACCACAGCCAUGGCCACCGCAACAGCAACAUCAUAUGUUUCAGAAUCAACAAAAUGAUGUCCAUAUUGAUGAUGUUUCUACUCAAGGGUUUCGGGCAGAGCCAUAUCCCAAUGAACACAAGAAUGAUGGUUACUUCUUCUAGUAGGUAGGCAGUUAACUAGAUUGGGUUUUGUUUAAUUUCUGUCCGAACUUAUUGCAUCAUUCGGACCUGAAUGAACUACUUCAUAUGUUUUAUUCUAUUUUUAAUAAGCAAUAUAUUUCAUGUUACAAAUAAGUUCAUUUAAUCUGAGUAAACUGAAGACAUUGAUCUUCAUCAGCGCAAUUAGGGAAAAAGGGAAAGAGAAUUUUAGAUUGAUCAGGGAAGAGAGUGACUCGAUUUAUUUUAUUUUUAGAAUAUUACCAAUAGGGUGUAACAAUUUAAUAAGAUUUGGACUUGUAA